GAGAGAGGCAGAAAGAGCGCCGCGCCUAGGCCCUGGCUGCAGCCCGUGCCCGCCUCCAUCCAGCCUCGCCUCCUCCGCUGGCCGGCUCCCCAACGCCCGCUGGUCCCGCCCCGCCGCCGGCUAGGUCAGGAACUCGACGUCCUGCCAUCGCCUGACCAGCGACCUUAUCUCCUCUGCUCCCCCGACCGGCGACUGUCUCUCCCGCAGACAUUGUCUCCCCCGACCGGCUGCCUGCAGGCUGCCCCCAAAUCCUGAGGCAGGUCUUCAUUGAGCAGGUCUAUUGAGUUAAUGUGCAGUAUAAUAGAGAUCUAUCGCUGUUAAAUUGCUUAUGAGACCAGUAAAUUGAACAGGUAUAUGAAGCACGGGUGAAAAAUCUCACACUGUUUCAUAGCAAUGAAUGGUCACUAUUUAUCUGCUACAGAUCUUGGUAUCUCCAGAGAUUGAAGGAAGAAACACAGGUUUAUGGUAAAACUUGGUGAGUACCCCUGGGAGGUCAGCAAGGGGUGGCCUGAUUAAGAGUGCUAUAAAACUUUGUGCUUCAUCUCUGAUUAGAAAUGUCAAGAAUGAAGUUCCCAAGGCGUUAUGUCAUAGUGUUGCUGACAUUCAUCUGCACAAAUGUUUGUUACAUUGAGCGGGUGGGUUUCUCGAUUGCUUACACUGUAGCAGCUGAUGCAAUCGAGGUGAAUCAAGCAAACAAAGGCAUGGUGCUCUCCAUGUUCUAUUAUGGUUAUGUUUUGUCACAAGUUCCUGGUGGAUGGGCAGCCCAGAGAAUGGGAGGUAGACGUGUUCUUCUGCUGUCAUUCUUGUUGUGGUCUUUGAUAUGUGGUUUAACUCCACUAGACGCCAACAGAGUAGCCAUUCUGGUGCUUUCUCGCCUCUUUGUUGGUGUAGCACAAGGCUUUAUAUUUCCUGCCAUCCACACUGUUCUGGCACAAUGGGUGCCACCACAGGAGCGCUCUCGGUCAGUAUCUUUAACAACAUCUGGGAUGUACCUCGGGGCAGCUGGUGGCAUGCUGUUGUUUCCAAGUCUGGUGAAGCACAUGGGACCCCAAUCAGUUUUCUUUGUUGAAGCAGUACUGGGAGUAGCAUGGUCUGUAAUAUGGUUAAAGUUUUCCAGUGAACCUCCUCGUUCUGACCUUCCAAAAGUGUCAAUAUCAAAGGUGUCUUCUCCAGAGAAGAUUAAGGCACAAGCAGGUGGGGUUGUGGUACCUCGCACUGUAAAGAUACCAUGGCGAAGGAUAAUCUUCAGUCUGCCUGUUUGGGCAAUUGUUGUGAACAACUUUACCUUCCACUAUGCCUUGUAUGUUAUCAUGAACUGGCUGCCUACCUAUUUUGAAUUAGCCCUUAAGCUUAGCCUUCAGGAUAUGGGAUCCUCGAAGAUGCUUCCCUAUUUCAACAUGUUUAUAUUUUCCAAUGUUGGUGGAGUGGUUGCCGAUCACUUGAUUACAAGAAAGAUUUUAUCAGUUACCAAGACAAGGAAGCUCCUGAACACCAUUGGGUUUGUUGUCUCGGCUGUUGCACUUAUGGCCCUUCCUUCUUUCGGGACACCCUCAGGGACUGUGAUUUGUUCAUCGGUAUCUCUUGGUUUUCUGGCUCUAGGAAGAGCAGGUUUUGCUGUGAAUCACAUGGAUGUUGCUCCGAAAUUUGCUAGCAUAGUGAUGGGGGUUUCAAAUACAGCCGGGACAUUGGCUGGUAUAGUUGGCGUCGGUCUCACAGGAAAUAUUCUGGAGGCUGCAAAGGCUUCUAACAUGGAUCUAAAAAGCUCAGAAACCUGGAAAACAGUCUUCUUUGUUCCAGGAUACCUUUGUAUUUUUAGUUCAGUCCUUUUCUUGGUUUUCUCCACUGGUGAGAAGAUUUUUGAAUAGAGGAUGAUUAUUUUUUUGUGUUUUCUUCCCAUUUACAGCGAGACAGGAUAGCAAAACGGGAAAUUUACAUGUAUAUGUAUCUGUCAAAUUUCAGAGUUCAGACUGCAUCCUACACAUUUUAAGAAAUAUUGUUAGGAAAAAUAACAUGUUCUUUAUAUAUAUCAUGGCGCGAUUGGUAA